AAUUGCUACUUUGCACUGCACUGGACUAUGACUGAUUUUUGGCACAUGCUAUCAUACACAAAGUUCCUAAAAUAAAAUGCUCCAGGAUAUCCUAGGAACUCUUAGAAGGCUUUAAAAAGGGACUCACACACUGAAAGAAUAUCUUUGAUGAAGACAAUUCAGGCAAGCAGAAUGAUUCUUGCAACAGAAUUACAUGAUUAAUUGAGAGCUUGAAGUGGGUCCGGUGACUCCUGGCCACCUAACUUAUCAUGAUUUGGGGGAGUUUCACGAGAAUCCAGUUUUGAUAAAACAAUUGUUUUUUCCUCCCCAAGUGACUAUACAUUUAAAUAGCUAAAACAUCUGUUCAGCAACAUAGUAAAACAUGUAUACUCGGAACGCUUGAGAGAAAAGCCUGCCAAACAAUCGGUUGAGAGAGACUUUGCUGAGGGAGAGCACCAAGAUAAAGCAACGUUGUUUGUUUUGUCUAGUCAGGGGGAAAGCCAAGGCAACCAAUAUUUUGGUUUUUAUAAUUUUCAUUUGUGAAGAAUUAUUUGAGAAAGGGUGGCGAGGGGAGAUUUCCUGACGGGAGUUUUUUAAGCUGUCCAUUAGUAGAAGAGCAAGAGAGCCUUGGAUGUCAACACCUCGCUCUUGAGACCAGCCACCAAACCACGAAAAGUGACUUUCCUCUCGUGUGCUCUCUACGGCCCUUCUGAUGGAAGCAGAAACAGGGAGCAGCGUGGAGACUGGAAAGAAGGCCAACAGAGGCACUCGAAUUGCCCUGGUGGUGUUUGUCGGUGGCACCCUAGUUCUGGGCACGAUCCUCUUUCUAGUGAGUCAAGGUCUCUUAAGUCUCCAAGCUAAACAGGAGUACUGCCUGAAGCCAGAGUGCAUCGAAGCUGCUGCCGCUAUCUUAAGUAAAGUAAAUCUGUCUGUGGAUCCUUGUGAUAAUUUCUUCCGGUUCGCUUGUGAUGGCUGGAUAAGCGAUAAUCCAAUUCCCGAAGAUAUGCCAAGCUAUGGGGUUUAUCCUUGGCUGAGACAUAAUGUUGACCUCAAGUUGAAGGAACUUUUGGAGAAAUCGAUCAGUAGAAGGCGGGACACCGAAGCCAUACAGAAAGCCAAAAUCCUUUAUUCAUCCUGCAUGAAUGAGAAAGCGAUUGAAAAAGCAGAUGCCAGGCCACUGCUACACAUCCUACGGCAUUCACCUUUCCGCUGGCCCGUGCUUGAAUCUAAUAUUGGCCCUGAAGGGGUUUGGUCAGAGAGAAAGUUCAGCCUUCUGCAGACACUUGCAACGUUUCGUGGUCAAUACAGCAAUUCUGUGUUCAUCCGUUUGUAUGUGUCCCCUGAUGACAAGUCAUCCAAUGAACAUAUCUUGAAGCUGGACCAAGCAACACUCUCCCUAGCCGUGAGGGAAGACUACCUUGAUAACAGUACAGAAGCCAAGUCUUAUCGGGAGGCCCUUUACAAGUUCAUGGUGGAUACUGCCGUGCUUUUAGGAGCUAACAGUUCCAGAGCAGAGCAUGACAUGAAGUCAGUGCUUAGAUUGGAAAUUAAGAUAGCUGAGAUAAUGAUUCCUCAUGAAAACCGAACCAGUGAGGCCAUGUACAACAAAAUGAACAUUUCUGAACUGAGUGCUAUGAUUCCCCAGUUCGACUGGCUGGGCUACAUCAAGAAGGUCAUUGACACCAGACUCUACCCCCACCUGAAAGACAUCAGCCCCUCCGAGAAUGUGGUGGUCCGCGUCCCGCAGUACUUUAAAGAUUUGUUUAGGAUAUUAGGGUCCGAGAGAAGGAAGACCAUUGCCAACUAUUUGGUGUGGAGAAUGGUUUAUUCCAGAAUUCCAAACCUUAGCAGGCGCUUUCAGUAUAGAUGGCUGGAAUUCUCAAGGGUAAUCCAGGGGACCACAACUUUGCUGCCUCAGUGGGACAAAUGUGUAAACUUUAUUGAAAGUGCCCUCCCUUAUGUUGUUGGAAAGAUGUUUGUAGAUGUGUACUUCCAGGAAGAUAAGAAGGAAAUGAUGGAGGAAUUGAUUGAGGGCGUUCGCUGGGCCUUUAUUGACAUGCUAGAGAAAGAAAAUGAGUGGAUGGAUGCAGGAACGAAAAGGAAAGCCAAAGAAAAGGCGAGAGCUGUUUUGGCAAAAGUUGGCUAUCCAGACUUUAUAAUGAAUGAUACUCAUGUUAAUGAAGACCUCAAAGCAAUCAAGUUUUCAGAAUCCGACUACUUUGGCAACGUCCUACAAACUCGCAAGUAUUUAGCACAGUCUGAUUUCUUCUGGCUAAGAAAAGCCGUUCCAAAAACAGAGUGGUUUACAAAUCCAACGACCGUCAAUGCCUUCUACAGUGCAUCCACCAACCAGAUCCGAUUUCCAGCAGGAGAGCUCCAGAAGCCUUUCUUUUGGGGAACAGAAUAUCCUCGAUCUCUGAGUUAUGGUGCUAUAGGAGUAAUUGUUGGACAUGAAUUUACACAUGGAUUUGAUAAUAAUGGUAGAAAAUAUGAUAAAAAUGGAAACCUGGAUCCUUGGUGGUCUACUGAAUCAGAAGAAAAGUUUAAGGAAAAAACAAAGUGCAUGAUUAACCAGUAUAGCAACUAUUAUUGGAAGAAAGCUGGCUUAAAUGUCAAGGGGAAGAGGACCCUGGGAGAAAAUAUUGCUGAUAAUGGAGGCCUGCGGGAAGCUUUCAGGGCUUACAGGAAAUGGAUAAAUGACAGAAGGCAGGGAGUUGAGGAACCUCUUCUACCAGGCAUCACAUUCACCAACAACCAGCUCUUCUUCCUGAGUUACGCUCAUGGUCAAUGGUGCAAUUAGUAACUUUGAAGAAUUCCAGAAAGCGUUUAACUGUCCACCCAAUUCCACGAUGAACAGAGGCAUGGACUCCUGCCGACUCUGGUAGCUGGGACGCUGGUUCAUGGCAUCCUGAGACAGUCGCACAGUGCCAGCAGAGGCUGCACUGAGCCUUCCUCGCCCAUUGCUUUAGGCCUAGAGACUUUCAUUCUUAGUGCAUUUUCAUUAUUUGGGUAGGUGACCUGCUUGGAUCUAGACAGUAUCUGUUCAAAGUUGUAGGGCUUAUAAAAUGGAAUACAAGCAUGAACCAAGUAUGUGUUUUUAGAAAAUCAAACCAGCCAAAAUAAAUCCCUAGGCUACUUUCGUUAAAAUGCUAUCUGCUAAAUUGUUGCUAUUGUCCAUUUUAGUGUGUUAGCCACAGUUAUGUGGUACAUACCAUUUCAAUCUAUAGCUUUGUGGGAAGCCUAAAUUGAUGUAGCCAUUAAAAGUUCAAUCUAUUAAACUUGUAGCCUCUCGAUGAAGACACGUGCAUGAACACCUGGGAGGGCUUGCUGCUCUGUGGAACGCAGUGCGAGUUUUUAUGGACAGUAAUUACACAGCAUUCCUCACCUCUAAGGUAGUUAAAUUAGAAAUACAUUUGAUCUCCAUUUUACAAUUUUGGAUGAAGUUCUUGCCUUCAGCUUUGGAGUCUAUUGGAAUGAAAACGUGUCUCACAGCUUGCAUCUGAUGUAGCCGAUUGCCCUGUUCAAGUCAGCAUGAACAAAGCUGGCAGAAAGGCUACUAGGUAACGGAUUUGAGUUUAUUAAAGAGAAAAAAGGGAAUGAGGAUAUAUCUUUAGAUUCCCAGAAGAAGUAAAACCUCCUGGUUAUAUUAACAGCAGGGAAACCAGGAGAUGAAAUCUCCAAAAUUUUGUCCAAUCUGUAUGAACUGCAGUGAUUGUCUGCUAGACACUUUUUUUUUAGUCUAAUUCUUGUUUGUUUCAUUAGCUUCAUAUGUGUGCAUUGUACUGGUUUUGAAAUGAGCAGACAUUGAGAAAACAGUUUUCCGAUUCCCCAUUAGGAACAUACGACUUUCACUUCCCUUUAGUGCAAAGGAACAAACAUCACAUUGAGGAGGGAGAAAUGUGCCCUUCUGUUUCAGCUUAAUGUUACCUCUCUUUAAAAAAAUUCUUUUUAAAAAAUUUCUUGAUGACAUUCUGGAAUUCAUUAAUUUAAUUUAAAAUUCCCUGCAUAGUCCAAAUAAACAUAAUUUUUACUCUUCAAGUCAUCUAAAGAGUUAUGAGAAAGAGCAGUACUAUGUGUUUUAUCCUUAGAGCAUUAUCCUUGUAAGUGAACUCCUUUCUUAUUAGUGAGUGUGUGUGUGUGUGUGUAGGAUAAAAUUGUAAUGGCCUUAAAGUUGUUACCUGGCAUUGUUGGUUUCUUAAAAUAGGCAUCCCCAUACCCCCUUUACAUUAUUCAUUAUACAUGAGGUGCUGGGUUAAGUGGGCCAAUAGGAAAAUCUCACAAAGCAAAAUGACAAAUUCAGAUUAACCACAGGAAGCCAUUUUGUGUCCCUGCGAUUUGUGAUUCUUUUAAAAAUAUGUGUGUGUGUGUGUGUGUGUGUGUGUGUGUCAUGUCCUUUUGUAGCCAUGGGAACGUCUGAAGGGAGAAAAGUGGAGGGGCACCAUCAUGAGGAAACAAUUAUACUGCAUUAGUCAGAGGAGAGCGAUUUUCCCCUUGACUUCUUCCUCUCUGAAUGGAUAAACUUGUGAAGGGCAGCUACCUUCUCCUCCUCUUAACCUGGCUUAAUGUGACCUCAGUUUGUAUUUCUGAAAACAAGCAGUAUUAGGUUGGGAAUGUAUGUGUCUUUUCUCUGGAGGAAGCAUUCUGACUUGGUUUAUAGACAUAUGAGAUACUCUGUUUUAUUCCUGCACUUGGGUGUUUAAAAUCAGCUGAGGUUUGUCAUGCUUAUAUGAAUAGUGUUUCCCUUCUAGAUUUCCUUUAUAAACUCCAAAUAAACACAUUCCUGCAGGUCAGAGAAAGUGUUUGAUAAAAGCAUAGAAUUAUGGCUUUGAAAACAGAAAUUAAGUCACUUGUUGGUUUAGCAAAAGUGGUUGGUGAUUAGUUGGGGCCCUCACAGUUUCUAGAUAAGCAGCUUACCUUAUCCUGAUUCACUUUACUUGCUGUAACUGUUAUACUGAAAAUUGUAGGUAGGAUGUCCAUUACUAAAACAAAGCAAAACAAAACAACAAACCAAAAGCAGCAAUACCAAAUCAUCACUACUAGCUAGAACAAUUAGAAGGAUUGAAUUUCCAAAUAUAUGCUCAUGUUUAACUCUUCCAAUUACAUUCUCAUUGUCCUUUCUCUUAGAUACAGAGUGCUAAGAUUAACAGACCCUGAUUAAGUGGUAGAAAGAGAAAGUGCAACUGGAAGGGAAAGAAAAAAGUAGGGAGAAGCUGGCCUAUGGAUGUGGCUCUGAAGAGAAGACAGGAUUUUGGCAUUCCUUACUAAGCACAUUCACUGGAGUAGAGCCAUAAAGUUUAAAAAAAAAUUAUGAUAAAAGGAUAUUAGAUAUUAGAUAUCAGACUAGGGCUGCUAUAAUACGGUUCUCUGAUUGAUUCACACACCAGAUGUUCUGCCAGUGAACUGUUGUCUGGGCACUGGAAGGAGUUAGGGUUUUGGUGUUUGUGAAAAUCUCCUGGAUUAGUAAAAAAUUAUUUUAGAUAUAAAGUGGUUUUAUUUGGGCUCAUCACCAUUGCCCAAAGUAUACUGAGCUUUUCACUAAGUGCUCAGCAUUGGCCUCCUGUUCUCAUUUAUUCAUUUUAUGAGAUGGACUUGGACAUCACUAAUGCAAACACACGAUUCAUAAAUUAUCCUGAAGUUUAUUUAGUGCCUUGCCUCAAUGGAGCUUAAGCAUAGCACAUAAAUUUUAUCUUAUUUAGCCCUGGAGCAUCACUAAGAAGCAGCUAGGAAAUAUGGCUUGCCAGACAGAUUAUGCUUGUGCCAGAGAAGUGGAGAAGCCUGAAAUCUCUUGUCAAGUAUCCCACAGGAAGGAAAGGUAGUCUUUGGGCUUUGGUCUACUGACCUGUGGAUUAACCUCUAUCCCUUAGAUUAUCCCAUUUCUAAAUACAUUUAUUCAGUCAGUAUUUCUAUAAUCACUUAGCAUUUGAUAGGCUUCUUCCUUGAUGCAUUUAACAUAAGCAUAUUAAAUUAUGGAAGAAUAUACGAUUGCUUCAUAUAACAACAUUCUCAUCACCAGUGACAGUGUCCUACUGGUUUGAAGAAAGAUGUUCUUGGAUUAUACGUUUUAUAUCUAAAUGGUUAUUGUGAGACUGGUUGUAUUUUCUUCUACUCAUGAAACGAUGUAAACAAUCAUUUUAAGGACAAUAAAAAGUUGGUUGAA